AUGGACGGCGCCUACGCCGCUACGAACGGCAACGGCACGGCCGUACACGACGAUGCGCCCGCAGCCUCUGCCGCCGCACCGGCCUUUGAUCCAGCCGUCUUCCGCGAAUAUCUGCUCGCACUUCUUCCACCAUUAUUUGGCGCGACGCAGUCCGACCUCGAGAGUCUGGUCGACGCCGAAGGGUUCAGCGAGAGAGUAGCCCGAUUCGCGGGUGAAGGCGGCGACGCGCUCUACGUCGUCAAACGGCGCGAGACCGCGGAAGAUGCCGAAUCGGAGUCGGAGCCCGCGAUGUACUCGUACGAGCUAGCCAGCCAAUUAGCUUAUUCGAGCGAUAAUACUACGACGCUGGCCCUCAUCAAACGCGCGCCGACUUUGGACUCUGUCACGCCACUCGCGACACAGCUACAUAUCCUGAAUCUUUUCGGCGGAGACGAGACACCAUAUGAGAGUUUACAUGCCGUUGUCAGCAACGGUGUCAAGCCUUGGUUCGAUGCGUUCGUCGGAGCACGGCAUGGUGGAAAGGACGGGGAUAAUAAGAUGGGUAUACCCAUGACCAAGAAGAAGUUCGCGGAACUCGAGCUUUCUUUGCUUCAUCUCCAGCAAAACGUCGAAAUACCCGAAACGCACCUGAUCAUCCACCCGUCUAUUCAAGCCGUUACCAAGCUCAACCGAGAUGUCACGUCCGGCACCGCGUCGCAGGAGAUCAACUUCUGGCUUUCGCUCGAACAGGCGCUGGAGGGCAUCGAAGCGCAACUACGGAGCGACGAGGUCAACAUGGUCAUGGACUGCCUCCGCAACGCCAAACGUUUCCGAGCGACCGUAUCCUUCAUCGCGGAUACAGGCCUGAAAGACGCGACGGACGUCGUGCGGAAGUACAACCUCCUCAUGAAGGACUUCCCGCUCAACGAGCUCCUCUCCGCGCCCGACCUCGACAAAACGGGCGAGGCGCUCGCGCUGAUCUUCACGCACAUCAUCCGCAAGCUCAAGAUCUCGCCGUACCCCAUCCGCCGCGCUCUACCGUUCGUCGAGGCCAUCUCGCGCGACUUCAACGAUGUGCUGCUGCGGGUGCUCGUCAGCCAUCGACUGUUGUAUCAGCCGUACGAGACGUUCGAGCGCACGAUGUCUUCUGCGCAUGCGGUGUUUAGAGCGUGGGACGAGCAUAUGAAGGAGUUCACCAAUGUCGCGCGUGAGGUCACUAGGAAGCGCUCGGAAAAGUUCAUUCCUAUCAAGGUGGCGCCGGCACAUGCGCGACUGCAGGAACGCGUGCGGUACCUGAGGGAGUGGAGGAAACAGCAUGAGCAGCUCGCCGUGAUGACGGGUCCGACGAAGGGGCUGGGAGGGAUCAGUUUGGGCGGGAUCGGGACGGAGGGUGGUGGAGUUAUGGAUAUGGAGGAGGAGGUCAAGGAGGCGUAUGAGGUUAUGAAGCGGAUCGACGUGUUGGACGUGUCCACCGAUGGCACGGAGAUCUGGGUCACAGCCGAGAACGCGUACAACGAGCGCGUGGCGCGCGUCGAGAACCAGAUCAUCUCACGCCUGCGCGACCGCUUGGGCUCGGCGCGUAACGCAAACGAGAUGUUCCGCGUCUUCAGCAAGUUCAACGCGCUAUUCGUGCGCCCGAAGAUUCGCGGUGCUAUUCAAGAGUACCAGACGCAGCUCAUCGAUUCCGUCAAGGAGGACAUCAAGCGGCUACACGACAAGUUCAAGACGCAGUACCGCUACAGCGAAGCCUACCACAUGGCCCAAAUGCGCGACCUCCCGCCCAUCGCAGGCGCCAUAAUCUGGGCGCGCCAAAUCGAGCGCCAACUCCUCGCCUACAUGAAGCGCGUCGAAGACGUGCUCGGCCGCGGCUGGGAGCUCUACGCCGAGGGCCAGAAGCUACAAGCCGAGUCCUCCGCCUUCCGGCGCAAGCUCGACACGCGGCCCUUCUUCGACGCCUGGCUGCACGACAUCAACCGGCGCGACAUGGGCGUCUCCGGGCGCCUGUUCGAAAUCGUGCGGCUGAGGGGCGGCGGGAUGGUGCUGGCCGUCAACUUCGAUCCGCAGAUCAUCACGCUGUUCAAGGAGGUCAGGAAUCUGCUGUGGCUGGGGUUUCAGGUGCCGCAUGCGGUGGGGAAUCUGGCGAAGGACGCGAAGAGGGUGUAUCCGCAUGCUGUCAGUUUGAUGGAGACUGUGCGGACGUACGGGCAGACGCUCGAGCUUGUGGGCACGAAUGGCGAGAUCGAGUGGCUGGUCGCGGAGUAUAGGAAUGAGGCGCAGAGAAUGAUCACGCGCGGCAUGGCUAUACGCUGGGACCACUUCGUCUCGCAGUACGACGCCGCGCGCUUCGUGCCCUCGGCCGACGGCCGCGACAUUCGACACGUCUCCUUCGUCCGCGAGUUCGCGUCCGUCGUAUCCCUCCUGCAAGACAAGACGAACAACGUGAUAGCGCUCUACCGCGACAUCUCGCGCGCCGUCGAAGACCUCGCGACCUGCGCAUACACCUCCGACGCCUUCUCCGAGCUCCUCGGCAAGGUCCAAGCGGCCAUCGACCGGCUCAACCUCGAAGGCUACGCCAACCUCGAGCAGUGGGUCGAGAAGCUCGAUCUGAAGAUCGAGGGGAUCCUGCGCGGGCGCAUCGAGGCUGUGUUGAAGGUGUGGUGCGAGGAGUUUGAGCGGUCGGACGAGGGCGAUUCGAGGCUGACGACGGGGAAGGGGAGGAAGGGCGAUAGGCGGGGAGGGCAGGGGGCGGAUAAGUUCACGGAGAGCAGUAUGGCGACGGCGUUGCAUCCGAUCGUGCAUGAGAUCAGGAUACAGAAUCAGGUCAUCUUUUUGGAUCCGCCGAUCGAGCAUGCGAGGGGGACGUGGGUGCAGACACUGCAUGAUUGGCUUGGUGUCGUGUGCAGGUUAAGGAGGAUACAGAGUUCGCGGUACGAGAUCGGGCUUCAGAUACAGAGCGCCGAAGCCGCGGAUUUGACCUACACCUCUCUGCUGACGCAACUGCCCGACGAAGUCCUCCAAAAGCCGUUCGCCCUCAUCGAAGCCAAAGUCCAGCAACUCCGGGACUACGUCGGCAAAUGGCUCCAGUUCCAAUCGCUCUGGGACCUCGAAGCCGAAUCCGUCUACGCGCGCUUAGGCGACUCACUCGCGGCGUGGCAGCAGCUCCUGACGGAGAUCAAGCGCGCACGCUCAACAUUCGACACGUCCGAGACGGCCAAGUCGUUCGGCACCGUGGCGAGGGUGGAGUACGAACAGGUGCAGGCGCGCGUGAACGCCAAGUACGACGCGUGGCAGAGGGAGAUCCUCAGCAGGUUCGGACAGAAGCUGGGCGCGGCUAUGAAGGAUAUGCAUGCGCAGAUUUUGAAGGCGAGGAACGAGCUGGAGCAUCAGAGUAUUGAGGGGUUGGUCGGCGCGCCGAGGAGGUUCUGA